AUUAAGAAAAACGAGAUUUCUAUUCUAAUACAAAGGUUUUGAAAUUUACGAAGUUCAAACUUCUAGUUGUACACUUUAAAGUUGUAGAUAGUUAUUAAAAUUAGAGAUGAUGAAGUUAAUGUUCAGUUAGUAGUUCAGUUAUCGUUAUCACUAAUCCUCAGUCUAGCCUAUAUCUUGGGUGUUUAUUUAAAAACUGACGGGAUUGUAUUUUAACGCGGGACAUUUAGCCUAUUCUGAAAGCUUUCUUUUUUUUAAGAAUGACUAAGCUACCCGAGUUCAUCUUAUUAUUUAUCGUAAUAUAUUUAUCUCAAAUCGCUUUUUGCAUAAGAAAAUGGGAACACAAGAGUCUUAAAAAACUAUCCAAGUCAGAAGUUCAAAUUAAAACUUAUCUAUUCCCAUGUUCUAGUGACAAAGAUAUUUUAAAUUUUACUUUUAAUCAUAGGAAUCAUCGUUUACACAAUUGUAAGAGAAAGUUUGUGAUAAAAUUGACUGUUAACUCUGGAGGAGAGUACUCAUACAAAACUGAUGGGUUCAUACCAAUUGACCAUGUAAUAGACGGGGUGUCUGGCAGGAAGAAAAGGCUUUUGAAUCCAUUCAUGGUUAGAUUGAAGAGAGAGAAAAUGUACCAGCUCUACGAUUUACAACUAGUUAAGAGUGUUAACGCUGAAGCCAAAGAAGAAGUGAUAAAUUAUGAGAAUACACCAAAUUACACUGGAUGUGACACAUCAUCCUCUCAUCCGACUUGUGGCUUCAGCUUUUACAAUAACAAGAUAAUACAGUUCAGCGAAGGAUUUUGCUGUUCUUGUGAUCAAAAUAAAAAUGACCUAAGGCAGCCUUGUGAAAGUCAUACACAUGAAAUUAAAGACUUUCCAGAUAUGGAAUAUGCUGUUCAUCGCCCCAGAAGCAACCGAACUAGUAGGGCCUUAAAAACUGCAGAGCACCAAUCAGACUCAUCAAAAACAACUAAUCAUUUAAUGGAAAAUAUAACUUUAAAAACACAUGAAAUGGAGCAAUAUCCGGAUAAAAAGCGUACAUACACAAACAGUCCUUCAAAUAUUGAUGUAGAUUCAGAAGAGAAAGAUAAUGAAAGUCACUUGCAGAAAUAUAUUUCAACAAAACCAAAUGAGAAAAUGGAACUGCAAACCCCCAUACAGUUGAAAAAGUCUGCUUUUGAUGACCAUGCUGGUUUUAAGGGUAAUUUAAAUGAAUACUUUGCUACUCUCAAAGAUGCUGAAGCUCCAAACACCCCUAGUGACAAAGAAAAUCUAAAAUUACUUGUUAUGAAAAGAAUAAGAAAUGACAAAACUAAAGAAAGAUCAAUGUUUCAUGAUCCAUUCAAUAUAACGGGACCAGGCAGCAGAAAAUGUCCAAGAAAUGUGCAAUCAAAUUUAAACACUAUAAGAUUAAAAAACCAUGGCUAUGGCAAAAAUGGGUUUUCUUUAAAAAUUGAGAAUGAUGACAACGAGCUGAGGCUUCAAAUUGUUACAAAAACACCAAAAAUUAAUUCUUCGGAUCAGAAAUCUAGAUUUGGGUUACAAGUACAUAGACCUACUCCCAAAAAUUCUUUUACUGAAUCUCUACCCCUGGUUAACAACACAAUAGGUGAUAUUGAACAAAAAAUAUUCAGUUCUGAACAUACAACAAAAGGACUGAAAGAGCGUUUGGUUCAAAAUUCUAUCCUUAAACAUUUAACAUUUUACAAAAAGAAAAAUACUACAUCAGACAAUCAAAAACUUCACCAAAGUUCUCAAUCAGAAGAGGAAAUUUUCAAUAUGGCAACAAGAUGUGUAACACCACUAAUUUUAAACAACAAUAAAAGUGUAUUGUUGCACUCAAAUAAUGUAAACAAGCCAUCUGCUUAUGUUCUUGAUGAAUGCAAUCACAACUCCACUAAUGCCUCAAAUGUUGAAGGCUUCUUACAUAAGUUGAUUCCAAUUAUGAAUACAGUAAACCAAUUAGAGACUAAAGGUUUUGAAAACAGCAAAACAGGUAGUGGACUUUUGAAAGACUCUGAUAAUGCAACAUACAAAGUUUACAUAGAGUUGAAUAAGGAAUCAGAUGUUAUUAAACUUUUGAAUCAGGAAAAAUCUGCUCUACCUAAACAAUACUCAGAUUUGAUUGAAAAUAAACUGAAUAUCAUUGAUCAGAAAGAUGUGUUAAAAUCCACCAAAAGAGGUUUACCAGACAAACAUAGCUAUGCAACUUCAGACAAUGAGAUUGACAAAGAGUCAUUAGGACCAAGAAAUCAUAUGGAAAAUGAUAACAUUGAACAGGACAUACAGAAAAGAGAGACAUGUGAGUCACAGUUUAGAGGUGGACAAAGCUGUUCAAAUAAGGGACCAGAGCUACCUUGCAAUGCUAAUCCUGAAACCUAUUUUGAAAGUGCUCAUUGUCUACGUUUUAGUGAUUUAUGGUUUAAUGUGUUCAAACUGUUAAAUCCUCGUUUGGAAAACUCAAUUAUGGUUAAAUUAUAUGCAAAACACAAAACAUCUGACAGAAGAGUAUGUUGGGAAAAUCUCUCUAAGAGAUUGCCAGGAAGAGUUGGAACCAUCAAUGAAGUACUGACAGAUGACAUGAAAAGUAUAAUGAUAUCUUACUCAUCUGAUGAUGCGGUGGCUUACAAUCUAGACUGUUCAACAGAUUACAUCUUGGUGCCUCAGCCUCUUUCCAGGCUUUGUAAGGACACUGAGCUGAAGAUUUUGAGCUAUGGAGGACCAGACGAGUAUCUGGUGUUGAAGGAGAAUGAGAUAACAUUUGAUGGUGAGGAAUGUGACAAAGCUGGAGUAAACUAUGCUGCGUUCGCCCGACAACUGCAUCGCUGUCAACAAGAGGCAGGGUCUUGUCUACACAAUCAACCGCUACACUACUGGCGAAGGGACAAGGAAGCAGCCAAAGCUGGAAAAUCUGGACAUUAUUUCCUGAAGAACUUCAUUGAAGUGACAGACCAAGCCAUUCUGCAGAACACCACAAGUAACCAAGUGGUGCUGAGAGCGCCUUACUUUAAGAGGUAUCAGAGCCACGUGGUGAUAGAGAUGAAUGCUGACCACAUUGAGAUUAUUGGUGACAAGUCUGAAGGUCAAAUAACAGAAGUUUAUGCUGAUGCUACAUCAGAGAAAGUAACGAUAGUGAAAGCUGUUGUGACCAACCUCGGUAUUGCAUCAGAUUAUUUUGGAGUGGAUUUUUCAAACUGCACAUCUCGUCUCGGACCGUCAGACUUUGAUAAGCCAGGCAAGGAUGAGAUCCCACCCCAACAUCGCAUCACUUACACCGCCAUGAUAUCCUCCCCUCUCAAAAACAGGAGGGUCGAUUGUAAAAUGGUGUUGUACAACCUGGACCAUGAGGUGGUGGCCUCUCGCCAGAUCAUCAUAGUCCAAGGCCAGCGCUGCAUGUGUGUGUGGCACUGUCAGUGUGUGUGCUACAACCACCCUUCCCAGGGACUGCCUUGCUACCCUCUCUCUGUCAGUGACUACAACAACGCUGGCUUCCCGGGUCAUCUGCCCGUCACUCUUGGAUCAGACUGUUCAACACUGUUUACAGUUCUGCAUGCACUACUUUGGUUUUUUGUAUUUCUUCUUUUGUUUGGGCUUAUCAAGGCUGUUUUGGGACUUUGCAUCUCCAAUGUUGCACUCUGGGGACUGUGGUAUCUUCUGCCAGAUGAAGCUAAGUGUCUUCAGGUCUACCAGGAGCCUCAGUAUGCCUGCUGUCCCCUCGUACGAGACUGUGAUGACUUCCCGAUACAUCCUUACUCCUACAAGAGAUCUCAAGUUCACUUCUUACCCUGGUACUCCGAGUUCAUAGUUAAUGUGUUUUUCUUCAUUUGUGUGUUCCGGAGCUGCAUAUGUGAUUACGGUUUUCCCGGAGGCAAUGCUGGUGGAUAUUACUAUCGGGAUUGUGGCUACACUAAACGCAGAGGAAGGAGCAAGUAUUCACCAGGAAACUCCACUAGGCAUGGAUCUCCUUGUGCCUCAAUAUGUUCCAAAAGGCAAAAUCGCCGGUUUAGAAUGACCGCUGGAGCAGAAGAAGAGUUUUUAAACCCAGAUCCUCAGUUAGUCAGAGAUGAGGCAUGGGCCAAGCACCUGGUGGCUGAGCUGACCCGGGCGUAUGUAGUGUUCCGUGUGCUGACCCGACCUAUGGGAGGGGUCAAGUCAGUCCCUGGGAUCCCUUACUGUAUACGAGGCUUUUUCCUGGAGUCGGACAAUGGAGUCUACGAGUUCACUCCUCCCUCUCCACUGAUGCAGAUCUGGCAGAUGGACGGGUCACCCCUGGACCCUCCUAUGAGGCUGGACCCUGGUCCCUUCCACACUCUCUACCACAGUCCAGGGGAGGUACUGGCAGCUCACGAGCUCAGUCCCUGGGCCAAGGGGGUGGUUAUCAAUGCUCCUUAACAGAUCAAUCAUGGGAAACUCUUCCCUCCAAUAUAGGAAACAAUGUUGAAUAAUCCUUUGGAAUUGUUGAUUUAAAAUCUACAGAGUAAUGUUAUUUUAACUGGAGCAGAUUUUCAAUUGAAGAGGAAUUGUUUAUGAAUUCAUGCUAAUGAAAACAUGUAACUUCUAAUUGCUCUUAAGUAAACAUUAAAAACAGUCUAAAGUAAACCAUUUUGUUGUUCUUUUGAAAUAUUGGGCUAAUUAUCUAUGUUUAUGAAGCUCUAUAAUAAACAGAACUUUUUGU